CUUUCUGUCAGAAAUAAAAAUGAACAAUAGACCAUUGUACACAUUUUAAUCAAAACGAAAGUAUACUGUUUGUCCUAAUGAGCGUUUGCAUUACGAACGAUGUUAAAGUAAUUAUUACGAAAUUCUUUGGCGGAAAUGCAAUUAUUGGCAUCAAAGACCGAUAGAAGAUGAAGAAAUAUUUUAUUGACAAUAAAAAUAGAGGUCAUGAUGCCAAAGACCUCCUUACGCUUAUUAUGAAAGGGAUAAAAAUAGAGGUAGAGGAAAAACCAUAUAAACGUAACAAAAUAUAUGCAUAAAGUACACAUGAUUGAAAAAAAUAUAUAACAUCGUUGGCAUUGCAUUAGUCACGAAUGUAGACUGUAUCAAUUGUUAAAUAAUAUUAAGAUCGGCUUGAAGAUCUGUGAGAGAAGUUGACGUAGUAACGAACAGGUAAUUACACAUAUAAAUACUAGUUACUAAUUAAAAAGGUACAAUACUUUGCCCUCGCAUAUCUUUUUCUCUUUGUCAUCGCUUACGAAAACUUUCAUUGGAAUAACAAAAGUGAUAGCCAGUGAUUCAUUCAAGGCGAUGUGUCGACGAAUUUAGGUGUACCGCUCGUUACGGCGACUCGUGUGAGAAUGCGCUUUUUUCGCGAUGUACGCCUGCGCGAGGAUAAAACAUCAACAUAGGUGAUAAUAUUCUUUAACUAUGCCGCAAAGACAAACGUUAUCAUUACGUUAAACGUCGUAUAUUACACAAUUGACUUCAAUUUAUACUACAGCUAUCAUUACGUCUAUGCGAAAGGGUCGAUCCGUAUUUCUGAGGUACCCUAUAAGACUUUAGUGCGAUUUGAACUUUUAUUUCUCACUAUCCCCUAUUUUUCUCAAAACGUUAUUCGGAUGUUAAAUUUAAUAUGUGAAACGUCUAAUAACAGCACAUAAUCGAUGAAAUAAAAGAUCACGUACUUUCAACUGCCAGGUCACUGUGUCCUGCAUUUGUGUCAGGAUUGUGGUACGAAAUGGAUGUUAUCAUGAAAUAUUACAAUAUUAACCGUCUUCUCUUACUGGGCAUCGGAUUGUGGCCUUAUCAAAAGUAUACAUUCAACAAGUUUCACGUAAUAUGCGUGUUUAUUAUCUUGACGCAAGCCCUUGUUUUGCAGAUGACGACAUUCUUUACGACCGGUUUUAACAUUCCUUUACUUUUAGAAGUUCUCUCGACUCUAUUCAUAACUAUUGUUUUCAUCUUCAAAUAUAAUACGGUUUACUUGAAUAUGAACAAAGUAAAAUUAUUCUUCGAACAUAUCAAGUACACUUGGGAUACUCUCAAAGAUCCAGUGGAGAUUGAAAUAAUGAAGAAACAAACUAACAUCGGGCGGUGGUACACGAAACAUUUUAUGCUGACUAUGUAUAUAAUUACAUUCCUAUUUGUUAUGACGCAUUACGUGCCGCUUUUUCUGGACGUUGUAUUGCCAUUAUCCGAACCUCGACAGCGAAGGAUAUUGGUAAUCGGAGAAAUGUUCAUCGAUCAGCAUAAAUACUUUCACGUGAUAUUGUUAAAUAUAAUGAUAUCAAGCUUUGUCGGUAUGAGCACUGUAAUAGCAGCCGAAACUAUGCUGAUGGCAUUAGUGCAACAUACGUGCGGAUUAUUAAAAGUUACCAGUUAUCGAGUAACACGCGCUUUUGAUAACGAUUACUGUUCGGUUCUUAGACAUGGCAAAAAGUGUAUAGUUUGUAGCCGGUUAGCGAGCGCUGUGAAAAUCCAUAGGAGUGCUAUUUUGUUCUCGGAUUACAUACGAGAUUGUUUUGGAAUAUCCUAUCUUAUAUUGAUCUCGUUUGGUGUUGCUUCUUUAAGCAUUAAUCUAUACCGAUUAUCUUUGGUCCUCGUGAUGAACAAUAUUGACACACUUAUCAUUUCUGCAUUCAUCUGCGGGCAUUUCCUUUAUAUGUUUUGGUGCAAUUAUGCGGGUCAGGAGUUAAUGAAUCACAGUGCCGAAGUUUACUACCAGACAUAUAACGCACAGUGGUACAUGUCUGCUGUGCACGAUCAAAAGAUGUUAAUGUUGAUAAUGCAUAGAAGCGCUAAACCUCCUGUCAUUGGUGUUUCUAGUUUAUUUGUGGGUUCCUUGGAAGGUUUUGGAACGGUAAUUAAUCUAUUUGAAGUAAUUCUUGCAGAUAUAUCAAUAAUGAUAAAGAUACGUAAGGAUAUCAUUACUUUGCUGUUUACAAAAUUAAAUAUUUUACAUUAAAUACGUUUAUAUUAUCUUAGAAUUAAAGUUUAUUGCUUUUAAACAAUAAUAUGAUGCAUGACCUAUUUUAGCUCGUGAGUGCGUCUUUGAGUUAUUUCGCAGUGAUUUAUUCCGU